CCACCACGCCGCCCCCCACGAUCACGAUGUCGGUCCUCUCCGGAGGGAGGUUGGGGUUGAUCUCCAGCGGGCUCCAGGCGCUGCCCGGCGCGGCGUCCGCCACCUUCCUCCUCGCGGCGGCCAACUUGGCCUCCAGAUCUGCCAGUCAUUCCGCAGCGGCGUCCCGAUGCUCAGGCUUCGGCGGAACGGAACGAGUCCGCACGGCGCGACCCGUCUGAAGGUGAGCAGAAGCCGGAGCGUGGCCGCAAGCGGGCGGGCGACAGGCGCACUUUGAACUGCGCGCUCCCGAUCCAAAGUCGUCUGCGAGCGAGUUGCCAUCGAGCGCGGCGUUCGUUCCGCCGGCCUUGCGACUCGCUUCCAAGUGUCGCGGCCAUGAGGACGACGGUCGUGAUAACGAUGAAAAGGAGGAGGAGGAGGUGGUGGUGGUGGAGGGACGUGUGGGCGUGAGGGAUCCCGCAUCAAAAACGUCGCCCUGUGGAGAGCAUUCAAAAAAAAAAGAAAAAAAAAAGCGAGUGGCUGAAUUGCUGCCGGCACGAAGUUCCCAUGUGCAACAUCACUAAGGACGACGCCUUCAUGCCCGGCGUUAGCGCCCGUUAGCGUCCGUUAGCGUGAGGCGGGGGCCAUGUCCCAGCUGUACUACCGGCGCUCGGACAGCUUGUCGUACCGCGACCGCAUCCCCCUGAGGAUCGUGCGGGCCGAGUCGGAGCUGUCGGCGUUGGAGAAGGCUUACCUGGGCGCCGUGGAGAAGGGCGACUAUGCCAGCGUCAAGCAGGCCCUGCAGGAGGCCGAGAUCUACUUCAAGAUCAACAUCGACUGCAUCGACCCGCUGGGCCGCACGGCGCUGCUCAUCGCCAUCGAGAACGAGAACCUGGAGAUCAUCGAGCUGCUGCUGAGCUUCGGCGUUUACGUGGGCGACGCCCUGCUGCACGCCAUCCGCAAGGAGGUGGUGGGCGCCGUCGAGCUGCUGCUCAACCACAAGAAGCCCAGCGGCGGCGUGCAGGUCCCUCCCAUCCUAUUGGACAAGCAGUUCUCGGACUUCACGCCGGACAUCACGCCCAUCAUCCUGGCGGCGCACACCAACAACUACGAGAUCGUCAAGCUCCUGGUGCAGAAGGGCGUGUCCAUGCCGCAGCCGCACGAGGUGCGCUGCAACUGCGUGGAGUGCGUGUCCAGCUCGGACGUGGACAGCCUGCGGCACUCGCGCUCGCGCCUCAACAUCUACAAGGCGCUGUCCAGCCCGUCGCUCAUCGCGCUGUCCAGCGAGGACCCCUUCCUCACCGCCUUCAGGCUCAGCUGGGAGCUGCAGGAGCUCAGCAAGGUGGAGAACGAGUUCAAAUCGGAAUACGAGGAGCUGUCCCGGCAGUGUAAGGAGUUUGCCAAAGACCUGCUGGACCAGACCAGAAGCUCCCGAGAACUGGAGAUGAUCCUCAACUACCGAGAUGACGUCAACCUCCUGGAGGAGGAGGCCAACGGAGACCUGGCCCGACUCAAGCUGGCCAUCAAGUACCACCAAAAAGAGUUUGUAGCGCAGCCCAACUGCCAGCAGCUGUUGGCGUCGCGCUGGUACGACGAGUUCCCGGGCUGGAGGCGGCGCCACUGGGCCGGCAAGUUCCUGACGUGCGUCUUCAUCGGGCUGCUGUACCCGGCGUUGGCCCUGUGCUACCUGGCGGCCCCCAAGAGCCGCUACGGGCUGUUCAUCCGCAAGCCCUUCAUCAAGUUCAUCUGCCACACCGCCUCCUACCUCACCUUCCUCUUCCUGCUGCUGCUGGCGUCGCAGCACGUCGUCACCACCGAGCAGGACCGCCAGGGGCCGGCGCCCACCGCCGUGGAGUGGAUGAUCCUGCCCUGGGUGCUGGGCUUCAUCUGGGCCGAGGUCAAGCAGAUGUGGGACGGAGGUUUCCAGGACUACGUGCACGACUGGUGGAACCUGAUGGACUUUGUGAUGAACUCCCUGUACCUGGCCACCAUCUCCCUGAAAAUGGUGGCCUACGCCAAGUACGGCGGCAGCAAGCCCAGGAACCAGUGGGAGAUGUGGCACCCGACCCUGGUGGCGGAGGCGGUGUUCGCCAUCGCCAACAUCUUCAGCUCCCUGCGUCUCAUCUCGCUGUUCACGGCCAACUCCCACCUGGGCCCGCUUCAGAUCUCCCUGGGCCGCAUGCUGCUGGACAUCCUCAAGUUCCUCUUCAUCUACUGCCUGGUUUUGCUGGCUUUCGCCAACGGACUGAACCAGCUGUACUUCUACUACGAAACCAAAGCCUCGGACGAGCGGGCCAAGUGCAAGGGCAUCCGCUGCGUGGAACAGAACAACGCUUUCUCCACGCUCUUCGAGACCCUGCAGUCGCUGUUCUGGUCCAUCUUCGGCCUGAUCAGCUUGUACGUGACCAACGUGGACGCCGAGCACCAGUUCACCGAGUUUGUGGGCGCCACCAUGUUCGGCACGUACAACAUCAUCUCGCUGGUGGUGCUGCUCAACAUGCUCAUCGCCAUGAUGAACAACUCCUACCAGCACAUCGCGGACCACGCCGACAUCGAGUGGAAGUUUGCCCGCACCAAGCUGUGGAUGAGCUACUUUGAGGAGGGGGCCACCCUGCCGCCGCCCUUCAACGUGGUCCCCAGCCCCAAGUCCGUCUGGUACCUGGUCCGCUGGCUGAGGGCGCGAGCGUGCCGGGGCCACGCCCGCGCCCGGCGCGAGACCGUGGGUGCCAUCGGGAGGCGAGCUGCGGAGAACCUGAGAAUAAAUCAUCAGUACCAGGAGGUGCUGCGGAACCUGGUGAAGCGCUACGUGGCCGCCAUGAUCCGAGACGCCAAGACGGAGGAAGGCCUGACGGAAGACAACUUUAAGGAGCUGAAGCAGGACAUCUCCAGCUUCCGCUACGAGGUGAUGGGCAUGAUGAAGGCGGGGCGAGCGAGCUUGCAGUGCGGCGCCCGCGGCCCGGCCGAGUCCGCCCCCUUCAAGAUGGCCGCCGGCGCGGCGGCCAAGAGCAAAGCCAACCGCUUCAAGAUGGCCGCCUCCCUCUUCCGGCGCAUGGCAUGGACCCCCGAAGCCCCAAACGGGCUCCUCAACGGCGACUUGACCGCAUUCUGUGAGCGACACCCCCUCGGGGGCGGCCACCGCCGAUGGCGCGACGCCCGCCCAGCCGGGCCCCCGGAACUUUCCAGAAAAAUGUACCCGCUGUCGGAGGAGGCGGAAGAGGACGAAGAGGGCCCGACCUGUGCGGGCGCCGGUGGCGUGGCGGAGCGGGAAGACGAGAGCGUGGCCUGAACUUUGACCUCCAAGCGGGUCGACCUUCAACGGGAGCCUCAAGGAUACGGUGGCGGUUUGUCGUGCUCAGUUUCCACACCGAGCACUGCGGUCUCGUCUUGCACCCGCAGCAUGUUUUUUUAUUUUUUAUGUGUACGGAAAUGCAAAAGUAGCACAGAUGGGUACGGAGGAAGCCACGGCGCCGGCCACAGAAUGGGUUCGAUGACAAGUGUUAGCGGAAAUGCUAACAAAGGCGGAAGAGCAAUGCGCUCGUUCAAAUCAUUUGAAUCCCCGGAGUCGUUUGCGCAACACAAUGCAUGACAAGGAGUGUGCAUGACGGUGUCUGACUAAAUGUAAUGAGAGAGAGAAAGUUUAUUUGAGCAGAAUCCCGUGGCGGCAUGAAUAGUCUUUGCCUUACUUCAAUUUUUGAGUGCACUUUACUCGAAUGAGUUAAAUUUCCUCUGGUCGUUGUCCGUGAUUCUUUUCUAUGCAAGCAAAAGAUGGGAGGUGGGGCCUUUGGACGCCCACCACUAGGGGCGCCCUUUCCCACGCCAAACGGAGUCGAGCAGAAUGGGCGCCUUCCCGACAACUUGGAGUUUUCCCUUUUUGCUGGGACUCCUCACCUGUUGAUUGUUGUCAAGCAGUGACAAGUCAUGAAAAUAAACGUGGGCGGAAAAAAAAAAAUCACAUUUGUCUCACGUGACUGAUCACAAACGCGCGAUGUCAGUACUUCACAAGGAAAAACUUGCUUGACGGAGGAGACGAAUGUUUUUGACACGCAGAUGUCCCGUGAAUUUUUUUUUCAGAUUUUGG